CCUUUUUUUUAAUACAAGAUGGUUCUUACUCAUUCAGGCGUUGACCACUUCAACCGUUACUUAAACACCACUGUAGGUCGUGAGAAGCUUUGUCGUCUUGUACAAUACUUUGCUCGUUUCUACGCCUUCUAUUUAUUUCGUAGUGGUGCACCCAAGGACACCAUUCAACGCUGGGUCGACUUGAAGACUCAUCUUGGUAACGGUCGUAAAUUCUUUCGUCUUUUAAAGCCUGUUGAAUUUGCUCAGACUGGCGUCAAGAGCUUGACUAUUAAAGACGAGGUCUUACGUUAUACCGCUGUUGCCAAACAAAUCGGUAUGGCAUUCUAUUAUCUUUCUGAGGUCUUUGUUUUAGCAAAUUCUAUCAAUUUUUACAAGUCCCCUAAUAUCAAGAAGAUCACCGAGCUUGGUCAAAGAUGUUGGUUUGCUGCUAUCACCGCGUCUCUGGUUUCAGGUUUGUACAAGUUCAAGCAAAUCAAGGUUCGCGAGCACAUGCUUGAGAAAACUCGCAAAGCCAUUGUCAACACUGAGGAAAAAUCAGAGGCUCAAUUUGCCGAAUUAAAGGCUCAAGAAAAGCAAUUAGCAAAGGAUAAAUAUAAUACCAGAUAUGCUUUCAUCCAAGAUGCUGUCGACAUCAUUAUUCCUUCCACUGGUUUAGGUUACUUAAAGGCUGAUGAGGGAAUUGUCGGCUUAGCUGGUAUUACUACAUCUGCAUUAGCAAUGAUCACUCAAUGGAACAAGUUAGCAUAGAGUAUCAUUUUUGAUCUUUUGAAUAAACCAUAUAUUAUAUCACCCCA